GCGCGGUGGCGGCGCAUGCGCACAGACAGGGUCGCCCCUUCCGCCCCGUCUGUCACCUCCCGGCUGGUGCCACCGCACCCGCGACCGGCACCGGCACCACCUGUUCCCCCCGCUGCCGUCCGCUUCCCAGAGGGAAGGGCCGUUCCACCUUGUCUGCAGGGGCUCCGGUUGCCGCCCGGCGGCCGCGCCCGCGCCCCCAUGGAGGAGCCGCUGGCGCUGCACCCCGUGAAGCUCUAUGUGUACGACCUGUCCAAGGGCAUGGCCCGGCGCCUCAGCCCCCUCAUGCUGGGGAAACAGCUGGAUGGCAUCUGGCACACCUCCAUAAUAGUCCAUAAGGAUGAAUUCUUCUAUGGCAGUGGAGGAAUCUCCAGCUGUGCACCUGGAGGGACACUUCUUGGCCCCCCAGACACAGUUGUUGACCUGGGGAACACUGAAGUCACUGAAGAAAUUUUUCUGGAGUAUCUUUCCUCUCUGGGGGAGUCUAUGUUCCGAGGAGAGUCUUAUAACCUCUUUGAACAUAACUGCAACACCUUCAGUAAUGAAGUGGCACAGUUUCUGACAGGAAGAAAAAUCCCUUCCUACAUCACUGACCUUCCAUCUGAAGUUCUUGCCACACCUUUUGGACAAGCUUUAAGGCCCCUCCUGGACUCCAUCCAGAUCCAGCCACCCGGAGGAAAUACCUUCAGCAGACAUAAUGGACAGAGCUAACAGGAGUGACCGAGUGUGCCCAGCUUCAGCAGGCCUCUUCCUUUUUAAACACGAAUCUACCAGAUUUCUAUUUUAUAAUUUCCCAUCAGAAUUAACUCUGAAGAAGUUACAAGACAAGUUUUAAAAUUUCCUAGGGAGAGGAUUUAUCAGGGUGCAUGUAAGACAAUGCUACCAGAAAGGUUGCCAUAAUUUCUAAUAGCAUUAUACUAAUUUAUAAAGGCUGUCUUGUCAAGUAGGCUGAGACUUUCUACGUAACUCCUGUGCUGGUAAGUGGGAAUUCAUUCUGUGAGCAUUCAAGGGCCCAUCACACAAUUUGAAGUAAAUAAGGGGGUGUCCUAACCAUCCCUUGCAGACUUGCAUUUCUUUCUCCUGUCACUGCCUGUAUUAUGGGGGUAUUUGCUGAAGUCUGUAGCCAAAAAGGCAAAGGAAGUAUUGGUAGCCUAGGAAGUGAAGGUGUCCAAGGAUUAGUCUUCUGCAUAUUUCACUGACAUUGUUAUUUGCUCACGGGAAAAGCUGAACUCAUCUGACUAGAAUAUUUGCAGUGGCACAGCUGUGUGGGAAAGGUGAUGAAGCUGAACCAUGUGUCAGUGUCACACUCAAAAGCUGGAACUCAGUGGAACUUGCUGUGGUGGGAGGGAGGCUAGAACUGACGGUUACCAAGAAGCUUGUAAUGCCAGAUCCAAGAGUUAUGGGAAAGAACCAGCUGAAAGAACAGAAUCUCAUGAGCAGAAGUGGUAGAAACAAAUUUCAGGUGAAAGUAAAGUGAAGUGAAAUGUUUCCUUUUCUCGCAUGUAAGCUUAUCAACAGCUAGACAGAACCUUGUUAACUAUUUACCUUUGCAUAAGAACUGUGUUUUCUUGGGUUUUUCUCCUUACUAAACCAGACUUACAGUACAGUAAGACAGGAAUAGCAUGGCAACUGCAUGAUAAUAUAAGUUGGACCAAUUCUGCCUUCAAUAUCGAGUUGCAGACGCAGUAAGAGUUCUAACUUUCAUUGAUAUUGCUGGCCUUUCCAAAGCAGUCAGCGACAUCAGAGAGGGCUCUGCUUAAGAGAAAUAAGUGCUAGGUCUCUCCAAAUGUAAAGAAAAUGAGGAGGAGUAAAAUUAAACUUUCCAUGGAGCAACUGAGUUUUUUGGGAAACAUGCAGAAGCAGUCCUGUCCUUAGAUUGUAUCAAUACUGCAUCUACUAGUUUAAGAUUUUUAUAGCUUUGCAAUUAUUUGCAGUGGGAGAAGAACAGGGGAGUGAAAGAAUAGGCACACUGUUUUGUUUUCAUGCAUGUAUAUACACUAUUUUCCUGAACAAUUUUGUAGCAGUUACAUUUAGGAAGGAAUACAAGAAAGACGUCGGACGAACCCCAAAAUAUUGCUGAUGCUCCGUAAAUGGGGAUUGCGCGUCCCAGAUGCUGCUGAAAAAGCAUCUAUGCAAAUGUACAGCCCUUUGUCCAGUGCUUUGUUGUGAAAAGUAUUGCUGCAAGUUCAGUCCUGCAUCUCAAACUUCCUGCACUGGAAACUUUCUGCAUAUCUAAAGGGGGUAUCUUUCCUCUGCUGGGUUCUUUCUCCCAGAAUAAUGCAGUUUGAUAAGUUUGUCGCACUAUUUCUCUGUUUGGACUGUAAUGGUUUGUAUUUCUGAGGGAUUGGAAUAGAGGAAAACUGCAGUUUCAUCACUGUCAAAUACUCUGCUGCCCUGCAACUUGUGGAGCUACUGCACAGAUGGAAAUAGAGUAGUGUCAGUCCAUUCUGCGUUUUUUUGUGUACCUGCUUUCAGUGCACAGCAGGGGCCCCUGCAGCCCAGAUGCUUCUUUUCCUUGUCAUUCUCUGCUUGUGCCAUCAACUUCUCCUUAAGCAUUUCAUUUGAUGGACUGGACUUGGAGAUAAUGGUAGCAGUUAGUACAGAUUGCUUUAUACGAAAGCUUUCAAUCUUUCCCCCUCAAAGUGUCCUGUUUGCAGAAAGCAUUCUAUAAUAAGUCAUUUAUUAAUGCCUUUUGAUGCCGCUGGAGGAAGGAUUGGUGUUUGUUUUCUGCUAAGCAAUAGCUUAGAUUUCCUGUUUACUAUGUGUAUCCUCUCCAGUCUUUUUUCAUACCUAUUCUGUGAAGAGUAACCAGCCUAGCCUUUCAUCUUAAUGCACACGACUGUGCCACAAAACAUUGUACAUCGUGUUAGAGAUCUUGGAGCUUCCUUAGUUGAGUGGGUAUACUCAAGCUGAUACAGUGCAGCCCAACAUCUAGGUAUUCUAGUUUGCUACCUGCAAGCAGCACAGCUGUGCUUGCUUGUCUUUCAGCUUCAGGUGCUGAAAGAAGCUGCCUGUGGAAGCACUGGUGCCAUGGUUUCUGCCUACUUCAGGACUUUUUACAUCCUCUCAGGGGGCAGGAAAGAAAAGGAAGACAUUCACCCCAUGCAUUUUGCAAUCUGCCUUUUCCCCUCCUGAGCAGCCCCUUUGCAGAGAAAAUGCUCCUACUUUAAGGUCACUGGGUAAAAUUUCACUCAGCCAUAUACUGUUUGCAAUAGCUAGGGAGCUCCUGAGGGGGCCUUCUGGGCUCGGGACCUACGCUUGUGUUUUGUGGCAAAAGAGCUGUAGGGGGGAAUCCUGUUUGCUUGGUCUUACUGGGUAAUAAGACCCCUGUACCCUGUAGGACUCUUAGAAAACCCAUUUUCUCCAAAGAUAGUUAUGUAUAAAUUGCAGGACUGUGCCCUCAAUGUUCCACCCCGCCAAAUAUAAACUAGACUGAGAAGUGUAUGUAAGUGUAUGUUGGUGAUGAACUUCAGCCAGCUGAUUGACAAAGGGGCAGGGAAACUGAACCCCUGAACGGGAACAGAACUCUUUUGCCCACACUUACUAUUCUGUCUUGUAUUGCUGGGGUUCCCCCGUGCCAUUUUAAAAAUGUUAAUAAUGUCUUUAGGCAGAAAGUGAUGUUUUGAUUUAUUUGUGGGUUUUUUUCUAUUACAAUAAAAAGAAAUACAGCAAA